AUGGAUUACGACCGAUCUUCAACGGUAGAAAAGGAAACCGCACCACCAAAUCUUAAAGAGCUCAAAAAUGUGGCAGUUUCUUACCAUUACACCUCUAGUAUACCAUUAGCGGUCUGGCUACGUACAUCUUCUCGUAUAUUAAAGCAUGCGGAAGCAUAUUUAUCCCAAGGUGUAACUGACCAGGCAUACAUUUUAUACACGAGAUUCAUUGACUUAUUUGCAUAUCAUUUGUAUAAGCAUCCUGAUCUCACUGAUUUGAAACGUCAGAAAGACUCGGAUUUAUAUAAACAUUACUUAAGCAUGAAAGCACAAUUACCAAAGCUGAUGUCUGAUGUUGAAAAGUUAAACGAUGUGCUCAAGAAAAGGCACGAUGACUAUAUUAAAAGUGUAAAAGCGAAAGGAAAGUUGAUACAAAGAGAAAGGGAAGAGAGAUUGAAAGAAGAAGCCACUGAAUUCAAGAGAUCUAUGCUAUUAAACAAAAGCAACAAGGACAUUGAAGACAAAAACGCUCCAGAAUCUGACCUAAACGAUGCUUUGUUGGCAAAGAAGCUAAAAUCUCUUUCCAGAAUUAGAUUGAAUAAUGGACAAAACAGAUCACUGAUACAAAGAACAACUUAUCCGAUACUACCGCUGCCACAUAAUAAUAUCGAUCAUAGCGUACCACAGUUGAACAAUAAUAUUAGACAAACCAGCAAGGAAAACAAAAUAGCACCGAAGCAAAUUACACAUCGAGCAGUGAAUUUCACGGAAAAGGGCAUACCUCUGAGGACUUUGUUUGUUCCAUCAAAUCUAGUCGAUAAAUUCUUGAAGAUUGCAUCAAGGAAUACAAAACGAAAGUUGGAAACAUGCGGCCUUCUCUGUGGAAAAUUGAACCGAAAUGCAUUCUUCGUAACAACUUUGGUAAUUCCAGAGCAAGAAUCCACGCAAAACACAUGUAAUACCAAAAACGAAGAAAAACUGUUCGAGGUGAUCGAUAAUUUAGAUUUGUUUAUGUUAGGAUGGAUUCAUACACAUCCAACACAGUCAUGCUUUCUUUCAUCUGUGGAUCUUCACAGCCAAAAUUCUUAUCAAAUUAUGCUAAACGAAGCUAUCGCAAUUGUAUGUUCGCCUGAUAAAAAAUUUCACAAACACAUCGGUGUGUUUAGACUAACCGAUCCGCCAGGUGUGGAUACAAUAAGCCAUUGCGCCAAAACCGGAUUUCAUCCUCAUAACGAGAAAAACUUAUAUAAAGAAUGCCAAAGAUUGGGAAUAAACAACUCAAAAACUGGACAUGUUGUUAUGAUGGAGAAUCUUUCGUUCGAAACAAAGGAUUUACGGAAGUAA